AUGGACAGAGAUGGAGGCGGGAAGAGCAGGUACGGCCGUGUCGCCGAACAACGUGGACUGUCUCUCACCACCGCAUUGAACACAAAACCACCCUUCGGGCGGGAGGCGAAAGAUGGAGCUGGUCAGUGGCGGGAUGUGGGGGAGCACGGCGGAGGUCGGGAAGAGAGAGGAAGGCGCGGCGGUGGGUCAGGAGCGGCGGACAUGGUGGCGUACGUAGCUGCUGGCCUCCGCGACGGAAAUAUAGCAGACAGGAAUUGCUGGAAUGGAGGCCGCCGGAGAAGAUGGAAGAGACGGCGAGGGGAACGGCGAUUAUUUGGGGAGGUAGGUGGGCUUUUGCUACUAGAACCAGCCUUGCAGGAAUUAGAAGCCAUUGUAUCUGGUGUUAUAGCUUUUGGAGUUAUGUCUUGCACUGCAAUGAUCUGA